CUAGCGCUGGAGCAGCUGCUGGCAGAGCUGGACGACUUCCUCAAGAUUCUCGACCAGGAGAGCCUGAGCAGCGCAGCCGUGGUGAAGAAGAGCUGUCUGGCCGAGCUCCUCCGGCUUUACACCAAAAGCAGCAGUGCUGAUGAGGAGUACAUUUAUAUGAACAAAGUGACUGUCAACAAGCAACCGAAUGCUGAGUCUCAAGACAAGGUGCCCGAGGAGCAGUGCCCGCUGACCAACGGGGAGCCUGGCCAGCACGCCUCAGCCCCUCAAAAGAGCCUUCCAGACCUCCCGCCACCCAAGAUCAUUCCAGAACGGAAGCAGCUCGCCAUCCCAAAGAUCGAGUCUCCUGAGGGUUACUAUGAAGAGGCUGAGCCGUAUGACAGGUCCCUCAAUGAGGACGGUGAGGCUGUGAGCAGCUCCUAUACUUCCUACGACGAGGAGGAGAGCAGCAAGGGCAAGUCAGCCCCGCACCAGUGGCCCUCGCCCGAGGCCAGCAUCGAGCUGAUGCGUGACGCCCGCAUCUGCGCCUUCCUGUGGCGCAAGAAGUGGCUGGGGCAGUGGGCCAAGCAGCUCUGUGUCAUCAGGGACACCAGGCUUCUGUGCUACAAAUCCUCCAAGGACCACAGCCCUCAGCUGGACGUGAACUUGCUGGGCAGCAGUGUGGUUCACAAGGAGAAGCAAGUACGGAAGAAGGAGCAUAAGCUCAAGAUCACGCCGAUGAACGCCGAUGUGAUCGUGCUGGGCCUGCAGAGCAAGGACCAGGCCGAGCAGUGGCUCCGGGUCAUCCAGGAGGUGAGCGGCCUGCCUUCCGAAGGAGCACCCGAGGGAAACCAAUACAGCCCGGAUGCCCAGCGCCUUAACUGUCAGAAGCCAGACAUAGCUGAGAAGUACCUGUCAGCCUCAGACUAUGGGAGCUCUAUGGAUGGCCACCCUGAGGUCCUGGAGACCAAAGAUGUUAAGAAGAAAUGUACUGCUGGCCUCAAACUGAGUAACCUAAUGAACCUGGGCAGAAAGAAAUCCACCUCGCUGGAGCCUCCGGAGAGAUCCCUGGAGACAUCUAGUUACCUGAACGUGCUGGUGAACAGCCAGUGGAAGUCUCGCUGGUGCUCUGUCAGGGACAACCACCUGCACUUCUACCAGGACCGGAACCGGAGCAAGGUGGCUCAGCAGCCCCUCAGCCUGGUGGGCUGUGAGGUGGUGCCUGACCCGAGCCCUGAUCACCUCUACUCCUUCCGCAUCCUCCACAAUGGCGAGGAGCUGGCCAAGCUCGAGGCCAAGUCUUCCGAGGAAAUGGGCCACUGGCUGGGCCUCCUGCUCUCUGAGUCAGGCUCUAAGACAGACCCAGAAGAGUUCACCUACGACUACGUGGAUGCCGACAGGGUUUCCUGUAUUGUGAGUGCAGCCAAAAACUCUCUCCUGUUGAUGCAGAGGAAGUUCUCAGAGCCCAACACGUACAUUGACGGCCUGCCCAGCCAGGACCGCCAGGAGGAGCUGUACGAUGAUGUGGAGCUGUCAGAGCUGACGGCAGCGGUGGAGCCCGUCGAGGAAGCCAGCCCUGCUGCAGAUGCCCUGAGCAAAAGCGACCCUGACCGGGUGUACCUGGAUCUCACGCCCGUCAAGUCCUUCCUACACAGCCCCAGUGCACAGGCCGAGGCCUCCUCCCCCACAUUGCCCCACCUGGACAGUCUGGCUGAGGCGCUUCCUGCAGACCCGGACCCGGGCCCAUGUCCUGCCCCAGUUGAGCCCUGUGUAAAGCCUCCAGAGAACCUGGAGGAGCAGAGGCAGCUGGAGAGUCCGGAUCCUGAGGAGCCUUCCCUGAGAAUCGCCACAGUCAAAAUCCAGACUGAACAACAGAAAAUCUCCUUCCCACCGAGCUGCCCCGACACUGUGGUUGUCAUUCCAGCUGGCGCCAGCCCACCGGUGAAGGACAGGCUGAGGGCAGCCACCGCAGAGAUCAGACUUGGCAAGAAUCGGACAGAAGCGGAGGUGAAGCGGUACACAGAGGAGAAGGAGAGGCUUGAGAAGAAGAAGGAAGAAAUCCGGGGGCACCUGGCUCAGCUCCGGAAAGAGAAACGCGAGCUGAAAGAUACCCUGUUAAAGUGCACAGACAAGGGAGUCCUGGCCAGCCUGGAGCAGAAGCUGAAGGAAAUUGACGAGGAGUGCCGACUCGAGGAGAGCAGGCGUGUGGACCUCGAGCUCAACAUCAUGGAGGUGAAAGACAACCUAAAGAAGGCCGAGGCGGGACCUGUGACGCUGGGCACCACCGUGGACACCACCCACCUGGAGAACAUGAGCCCCCGUCCCAAAGCUGCCUCCCCCACCCCUGCCCCAGAGUGCACCCCAGUCAACUCCGCAACUGCACUCAAGAACAGGCCUCUCUCAGUCAUGGUCACAGGCAAAGGCACUGUCCUCCAGAAAGCCAAGGAAUGGGAGAAGAAAGGAGCAAGUUAGGGAACAAGUUUCAUCUAAAGACUCUCGUGUCAACAUGGACCUUGGUGACAAUCCUGCUUUGUUACAGUCUUCAUUAAAGCAGCAACUAUGUGCAAGGGUGAGUCUGUUUAGAAGAAAAAGCAAAGACUGGGGUACUGUGAAUGGAGCUUCGGCUGAGA